CCACACAGUCACACACCAGCUCUCAGAUGCAGUUCGAGGAAAACGUUGCUGCUCAUUUCAUACAAAUAACGAGUAGAAAUAAAGCAAAUAAAUAAUGAGUAAAGUAGUAUGAGCAUGACGUCAUUGCAAUAAUCUCGGGUCAGUUUUGUCGGUUUUGUUUUGGCCUGGCAGUGGAUGCAUAAUGCAAUACAGCCGAGAGCCGACAUUCGCCUUCAAUAGCUCGGAUUGUUAGUACGGACAUUUCAACGAGUCUUUCUGCUCUGGGAUCGAAUUCAACAGCUGUAUUCACUCACAGUCCAAGCAAUAAUGAUUUCUAAAAUAUAGACGGAACGUUGGCAACAAACUCUUGAUGUAUCAUGUCACCUGACCGAACCUCGAUAUUCACUCCCAAGAGCCCCGGAAUCAACGUCGAUAUCCUUCUUCACGAACCAGAUUUUGCUGAGGUCCCUGAGUGACCAGUCAUGAUUGCUCGGUCGCUGGCACCACUUGCUGUUGUGACCGUAUCAUGCCUCCUGUCAGGAUGGUCACUCGUUUCGGCGCAGUCCUUCCGUAAUGGGUACUACACGAUAGUGGGCCCCCGGGUGUUGCGGCCGAACAGCGAGUACCACGUGGCGGUGACGGCGGUGGAGGUUGGCCAGCCGACCACUGUGCUGGUGGAGGUGGGGGGGAAGCAGGACUCUGGUGGUGUCUUCAAGACCAGUCAGUUCGUCGCCGUCGAGCCCUAUCAUACCAGGAUCAUCAAACUUGAGAUUGGCGAUGUGGGGCCCGGCCAGUACAACCUGACCGCGCAGGGCACAGGAGGCAUCAACUUCCACAACACGAGCGCACUCGAGUACGUGCACAAAAGCUUCUCGGUGUUCAUCCAGACCGACAAGGCCAUCUACAAGCCAGGCCACAAAGUUCUCUUCAGAGCCAUUGUGCUCAACUCCCAUCUCAAGCCCUCAGUCACUGGAACUCUCGACAUCCAUGUUACUGAUGGCAAAGGUAACCGAGUGAGGCAAUGGAACAGGGUGCUGACGACUCGAGGCGUGUUCACGGGCGAGUUGGAGCUCUCGCAGUCGCCAGUGCUGGGCGACUGGAACAUCACGGUGACAGUGCUCGACCAGAUGUUCCACAAGACAUUCCAGGUGGCCGAGUACGUCUUGCCCAAGUUCGAAGUCACUAUUGACGUGCCCAAGCAUGCCACCUUCAAAGACUCUAAGGUGGUCGCUACUGUACGCGCCAAGUACACGUAUGGUCGAAACGUGAAGGGAGAAGCAACUGUAACAGCUUAUCCUCAGUACUACUCUUCAAUCAUUCAGCCCGUCUUCCAUGCCCCUGUUCGUAAAGUCAUCCCUAUCGAUGGAAAGGUCACUGCUGAAUUCGACCUUGUCAAAGAAUUAAAUUUGAAAGACGAGUCAUACGAGCGACCAAUCCAAAUCGAUGUGACCGUUGAAGAAGCUCUGACAGGCCGAAGGCAAAACAACUCUGCGACUAUCAUUGUGCACAAGCACAAAUACAAAAUGGAGUUGAUCAAAACCUCCGAGUAUUUCAAACCUGGUUUGAAAUAUGUCGCUUUGAUGAAGGUUUCCACUCACGAUGGCAUCCCGGUGACCGACAGAACAAACCCUGUCAAAGUGGCUCAGGGCUACUCUUACAACAGCGACGAGUUCAACAAAACCAACCACAUGCUCGACAGCAACGGACUCAUCGAACUUGUCUACUACCCGCCUUUGCACAACGUCACCACUCUCGGCAUUGAGGCCGAAUAUCUUGACUUGAAGGAGUGGUUUUCAAUGGUCACCGCUGCCGUUUCUCCAAGCAACAGUUUCAUUCAGGCUGUUGUCAAAACUGAAAAACCAAUGGUGAACCAAGACAUCGAGAUCGAAGUGAACUCGACGGCCGGCCUGAAGUACAUCACGUACGAGGUGUUCGGUCGCGGCGACGUGAUCACGGCGGGAACCGUGUCGGUGUCGCUCAACCAGAAGACAGUCAGUCUGCGCUUCCUGGCCACCUACGCGAUGGCUCCUGUCGCUCACCUCAUCGUGCAGUACGUCAGGGAUGACGGCGAAGUGGUCGCUGACGCGCUCGACAUCGAACUCAACGGAAUAUUCCAGAACUUUGUUGAUAUUGACGCAGGCGUGGAAGAAACUCAGCCAGGAUCGAACAUUGAACUGAAAGUGCAGUCGAAGCCCAACUCUUACAUUGGAGUACUCGGCAUAGACCAGAGUGUUUUGCUGCUCAAGAAAGGGAAUGAUAUCAGCCAAGAUGAUGUAUUGAACGAGCUCUAUUCUUACGAUAAUGGAGAAAUGAUGAAGUUCUUGCCAUUCAUGAAGGAAGCUAAAGAGAGAGGACCAAUGUCCUGGUGGCCUGGAACGUUCACUGCUGAGGAAGCGUUUGAGAAAUCUGGAGCUAUCAUCAUGACAAAUGCUUAUGUACAUGAGUAUCAUCCUGGUGCGUCAUCGUCCAGAAUAGGCGGCAACCGAGCGAUCUUCGGGAGGCGGGAGCCCGAGCCGGGCACCCCCUGGCUGAAGGCAGACCUUGGUCCGGCGCUCACCUACCGGCCCAAACUGCGUCCGCCCCUGGCGGGACCCUAUGCCUUCUCCCGCUUCCCUUCGCCCGUCUGGAGACACCCUCGCGUCCACCUCCAGCAUGACAUUGCCGACACUUGGCUCUUCGCUAAUCUUUCCUCUGGGUUUGAUGGCAAAGCUCAAUUGCACAAGACUGUCCCUGACACCAUCACAUCCUGGGUGAUCUCUGCGUUCUCUGUGGACUCCAUUCAUGGCUUGGGACUCAUUGAGACACCAAGAAAGAUGCGUGUAUUCCGGCCAUUCUUCGUCUCGCUAGACCUGCCCUACUCAGUGAUUCGUGGUGAAAUCGUCUCGAUCCCAGUUGUGGUGUUCAACUACAUGGACAAGGAUGUGACGGCUGACGUCACCAUCGAAAACUCUGGCCAGUUCGAGUUCGCUGAUUACUCCAAUGAUGUCAAUGAUCAACCAAAGGUCGAAUUCUACAGAAAUCAUAAGUUGACAGUGAGAGCGAACUCUGGAGCAACCACAUCGUUCAUGAUCACUCCCAAAGAGUUGGGCUACAUCGACAUCAAAAUAACAGCCAAAUCAGCACUGGCAGGGGAUGGUGUUCAAAGGAAACUCCUCGUCAAGGCUGAGGGUGAGACCCAGUAUUUGAACAAGGCUAUCUUCAUUGAUCUGAGACGCAACAGCACUUUCAACACCAAGGUCGAUUUGAAUAUUCCCGCCAACGUUGUUCCUGGAUCUGAGCACAUCGAAGUGUCUGCAGUUGGUGACAUAUUAGGACCCAGUAUUCAAAACUUGGCCAGCCUGAUUAAAAUGCCCUACGGAUGUGGAGAACAGAACAUGUUGAACUUCGUUCCAAACAUUGUUAUACUAGAAUAUUUGCAGAACACUCACCAGUUGAGACCAGCGAUUGAGAGCAAAGCGAAGCGCUACACAGAGACUGGCUACCAGCAGGAGUUGACCUACAGGCAUGAGGACGGCUCUUUCAGUGCUUUCGGAUCGGCCGACAAGAGUGGCAGCACUUGGCUGACAGCAUUUGUUGUGAAGUCAUUCCGGCAGGCAAGUCCGUUUGUGGCGGUCGAAGAGAAGAUCAUCAUGGAGGCUCUGCAGUGGCUGGCCAACACACAGAGCGCCAAUGGCAGUUUCCCCGAGGUGGGCCAGGUGUCGCACGCAGACAUGCAGGGCGGUUCGGCUCACGGGCUGGCACUGACCGCCUACACGCUACUCGCGUUCCUGGAGAACCAGCGCGCCACCCCCGCCUACCGCAACACCGUCAACAAGGCCACUGACUACAUUGUACGCAACUUGCCUGGCCUCGACGACCCUUAUGCCCUGGCCAUCUGUGCCUACGCCCUGCACCUCGCCCAGCACCCCGACAAGGAGGUCGCCUUCAACCUGCUCGAAGCCAAGGCCCAGCAUAAAGAUGAGAUGACAUGGUGGAGGAAGGAAAUUAAGGAGGCCGAUAAGAAGAAUCCAUGGAUUCAAGUUCCAAACUCAGUGGAUGUCGAGAUGACAGCUUACGGUCUCCUCACCUACGUCCAGCGUGGAUUGACAGAGGAGGCUUUCCCCAUUGUCAAAUGGCUGAUAUCGCAACAAAACGAUCAGGGAGGCUUCGCUUCUACACAGGACACAGUAAUUGCUCUGGGAGCUCUGGCGAAACUUGCUUCGACGAUCUCGACCAGCUCAAGCAAUGUCAAGGUGGAUUUCGGAUUCAGCAAAGGAGCCCAGAAUACAUCGAUUGGUGUCAACAAAGAAAAUGCUAUGAUUCUACAGAAAUAUGAAGUUCCUAAGAAAGUGAGAAGCAUUGAAGUGAGUGCAUCGGGUUCAGGGUUUGUGGUGGCGCAAGUGUCGUAUCGCUUCAACGUUAAUGUGACCGGCGCCUGGCCUCUCUUCUCCCUCGACCCACAGGUCGACAAGAACUCCGACAAAAACCAUCUCCAACUUUCCAUCUGCUCUGGGUUCAGGGGAGGCAACGCUAGCAACAUGGCUGUGAUGGAGGUGAGCUUGCCGUCUGGCUUCACAGUUGACUCGGAUGCUCUGCCCUCGCUGCAGCAGUCCAAACAUGUCAAGCGCGUCGAAACCAAACAUGGCGACACCGUUGUCGUCCUCUAUUUCGACAAGAUGACUGCAGAGGAAUACUGUCCGACGGUAUCAGCUUUUAGGACACACAAAGUGGCCAUGCAGAAGCCUGUGCCAGUCACUGUCUACGAUUAUUAUGAUCAGACUCGUCGUGCGAGGGUGUUCUACGAGCCGCGAGUGGCGACCCGGUGUGACAUCUGUGAGGACGCCGACUGCCAGAGGGUUUGCUCCGGUAAGCUGGGCUCGCAGUCCACCGACGACAAGGGAGGCGGCGCCGCCUCCAAGCCGCAUUUACUCCUACUUGUGUUGGCAGUGCCGCUCGCCUAUCUCAGGUUCUGAUCGCCGAUACAUCAACUCGUUCCACCAAAGACUCCCAUCAAACAGUAUUUUAACGCUGGACAUGAACCUCUAGUGUUUCCCAAUAAUUAUUAAGAAGCUAUACUUGAGUACUUGAAAUUUUCCAAUACUUUUACUCAAUUUGACUGGUUGUCUACAGGAUUUGUCAAGACUAAGUGAUAUUAUUUGUUGUGGCAACCAUGAUUGUAGGAAUCUUCAUGACUUUUUUAAUUCUUCAUAGAUUAUCAAUCAUACUUUCCAAAAGCAUAUAUUUCAAAUGAAGUCCCACUAGUUGCACAGAAGCCUGUUAAGUUUUAAUCAUUAUUAAAUGCCACGAGAACCAAUCGGUGUACAAUAUCCAUCAUUUUUUUCCAUUACUAUUCAGCUCAUAUACUGAAAUUUACUGAUAAAUGAAUAUUACUUCUUCUGUUAACUAAAACUUUCAAGUUUUAGAGAAAAAUGUUCUCACUUAUUACUGUGUUAUUAUUAUUUCAAGUUUAGUUUAAUUUAUAAAAAAACAGUAUUAUUUAUCAAUUUAUUAAGAAUUUAUGGAAAUAAAGAAAAUAUUAACCAAUAGUACAUUAUUUGGAGACCAAUACUACAUCCAUCGACUCUGGAAAGGAAUAACUAUAAAAAUUAUUAUUUGUGUUAUUUAUGUUCACUUGGGAGAUUUAUUUUUAAAGUUUAUAAUUGUUCCAGUAAUAAUAAUUCUGUAUCAUACAGUAGUGAUAAUAUCAUGAUAGUGUUCCAAACAUUUCCAACUUGUGACUCUAAACUAUUUUUUAUACUUUGAGACUGCAGUGUUUAUUGUAGAAAAACGUUUUGUGAACACAUUUUCAACAUAAUUUAUGUUAUACAAUUUAUAAUAUUAUUAUAAAUUGUAUUCGAAUGAUGCUACAAAAGGACAAAAAUAUGAAUGUUCAUGGACAUUCAAGUUUAAUGACGAAAACAUGAGCCUUUUAUAAGACUGCGUGUGGUGGAGAUAGGCUAAAUAGUUUAUUAUUUCUUGUAACCAAUAUAGAUGUGAUUUACUCAUCAUCCAGCUAUUUCUCUAGUUUUACAUUCUGUGCUUUUGCAAUUUCUAUCUAUCAUAAUAAUAUUUUUAAUCUACUCAGUAGAGAAUUAGUUUCUAUUAUAAAAUAUAGAUCAUACAUUAUUUUAUGGAUUUUCUCUUAUGCUGAGACUUCAUAAUAUUUUAAUACAUAUCUUAUAAAAAUUCAAUUUAUAUUUUUAACUAGCCUAUCAAUUAGAAUGAAUAAUAAAUGAUAAUACUGCAAAGAGUCUAGUUAUUUAUAUAUAUGUAGAGUAUUAGCUAAUUUCUUCAUUUUAAAAAAUAAUAUGAAUUACACUAUCCAUAUAAACAAAACAAAAUUGGAUAAAAAAUUGAUUCCGCCCACUUUACUUCAGAACUAAAAUUUAAUUUUAUUAUUCUUGUUGACUAAUAUUAAAAUAAUAUCCAGUUGUUAGUAUUAUAGAAAGUAUUUUGUAAAAAAAUAAUAAACAAAAUUAGUUUACUAGAAA